GGGGCGGGGCUCGCGCAGAUAACUGCAGGCUCCCAGCGGCUGUGGUCUUUAAGUCCCUGAAGAAGAAAAUAUAUAGCUUUAUAAAACUACAAAUAUAUAAAAAAGAGAGAAACUCAUAAAUAGAAGAUUACCGCCGGGAUAAAUAUAUUUUGUUCUUGUUUCGUUCGGGACGAAGGAAGCAGAGACUCGUUUGUUCUCGGGCUCGUUCCCUACAGGAUGUGAGAGAACCACAGCAGAGAACCACACCGCCGCUCACUUGAAGAUCCAGACCAGACCCUGAAGACCAGCAUGGCCAACUUCUUCUCAGGAGCUGUUACAAGUUCUCCGGUGAGACGCAGACUGAGGUCCAGUCCCUGGCAGAGCCUGGACGAGUCCCUCCUGUCCCCGGACUCCUCGUACGUCUGCUACCCCUCGGCGGACGGCAGCGAGCCCUGCAGCUGCCGCCGCUCGCCGCGCCUCCUCACCAACGGCUACUACAGCGUGACGGAGGACAACUUCUCCUGGGACGACCAGGGCAACGUGUCCCUGAGCCCCUGCAGCGCCAGCGUGUCCUACAAGGAGACCCUGGUCAGGGUUUUCAGGCGCAGGCGGCGGCCUCGCGGCUCUCUGGUCAGCCUGCUGAGCGACGUGACGGAGAGCUGCCAGUCCUGGCUGGAUGAGAAAGUCUUCAGAGGGAUUUUCAGGACGGGACAGAACCAGGACCUGAACCAGGAGCAGGACCGGGGUCAGGACCCGUACCUGGACCAGGACCGAGAUGUGGACUGGAGCAGGAGCACUCAGGAAAGCCUGGCCCCUGAAGACGAGCCGUCCUGGACAAGACUGAACAGCACUGAGCUGGAAAACAGCUGCAGCUUCGUAUACGAUCCGACCGAAGCCCCGCCUCCUCCUGACAAAACGGCCCCGCCCCCAGCGCCGCUGCUCCAGGAGGACAUUACCUCUGAGACCUGUCAGUCAGCAGACAGGUUCACCCAGACUCUGGGCGGUCUGUCUGAAGUCCCGCCCCCUUCCCCCUUCUACACCAACACCUGCUGCUGCCAGGCGGCCCCGGACCCCCCAGGGAUAACGAUGAAGAGCCUGCUCCUUUUCAUUUUCACCGUCUUCAUCCUCACUGCUCUGUACUCACGCUGCCUGUGGUGGAGUGCUGCCGUCACUUCCUCCGUCUUCAUGCUGAUCACAUCCGUCAUGGUGCUGACCAAGUCGGGUCCGAUGGGCGAGUGGAGGAGGGCCAAGACUGAGGACAUCACGUCAAGAAACGAGUGAGGAGAGCAGUGCGGAGACGGAGGAGAAGGACUCAGUAAACAUGCUAUCUCUGAAUAUUCCGCUUUUUA